AAAGUUGUUUCCUGAAGUUGACACUGUGCUGAUAAUUUCCACACCAAAGUCCCGGUGUUCGUACAAAUAAGAAACAUGACCUGGACAGGUUUGUCUGACCGUUGGUAGUGGUUUUCCUCGUCAGCCGAUGAGCUGUUUCUGGGGGAGCUGUCUGACGAGAGGAUGAGCUCCAACACUGAAGACACAGAGACGAGCCUACAGGCCCAGCUAGCCGAUUGCCGAGCUCAGGUCGAACACUGGCAGGGUGUGGCGACGAUCUGUGAGCUGAGCAAACAGGAGGAACUGGCAGAGCUGCAAAAACAAUGUGAUCAAGAGAUCCAGUCUUUGCAGGAGGCUCUUAGAGAGACAGCAGCACAGUAUGAGGCCAGGAUAGCUGUUCUUCAGUCUCAGCCUGUGGAAUGGAGGAGAGCCAGUGGACAGAACAUGAUCAGUGGGAGGAAAGGCAGGAUGGACGCUGAAGUCUCCAGCAAUGAAUCCUCAACACUGAUCAACAACAGCCUGACAGAGGCUGAGGCAUCGCUUUCUGCAGGCAAGACACACAGCCAACCAGCAGAGCUUGAGGCAGUGGCAGAGGGAGAAGGAACUCCACUUACGACAGAAGGGUAUUUUUCACUGCGGAACUGCGACUCGGCCUCGUUGUCCUCCUUCUCCUUAGACACACCCUCCCUGCCCCGUAAACUCCAUGCGCAGGACGACACAGAUUCGCUGGUGUCCACAGGAACUUUGGUGCCUGAAGCCAUUUACCUGCCACCGGCUGGACACCGUCUGGUCACACACUGCGACUGGGAUGCGCUCAACGCUCAGGUGUCAGAGCUGCGGGGGGAGGUGAGUCGGCUGCAGGCUGAGAAGGAGGAGCUGGAGAGAGAACUGGACACACAGACCAACCACACACACAAACAGGUUACAAUGCUGCAGUCUCAGGUCCAGACCUCAGAGGCCCUCCUCCAGGAUUUGCAGAAAUCUUUUAGCCAAUCACAGAAUGCCGUCCAGAGCCGGCUGGCAGAGUUGUCCCUCUCUCAGAGGAAGAUGUGCAGUGAGCUGUGCAGGCUGAAAGGAGAGGAGGUUGAGGAAGAGGUACCAGACUCCAGCUCGUCAUUCCAAGCAACACUGCAGGGGGCGCACUGUGAGGAGCGUCUUCGCAUUGAGAUAGUCAACCUGAGGGAGCAGCUGGACACUCGGACAGAGGAGAACGAUGUUUUAGAAGUGCAGCUGUCCAGUUUGAAGACAGAAACGGAGAGGAUCCAGGCUCACAAGGACCAGUUGCAGGCUGAGCUGCUGGCCUGUCGCACUGAACUGGAAGCCCUGCGGGUGGCACUCUCUCAUGUACAGAGCACCAACAAGGCUCUCAGCAGUGAUAAAGCGGCCCUGCAACAACAGUGUCUGGAGCUGCGAAGUCAAGUGAUCAGCCUGCGCUCCCAGGUUGAAACCAGCCAGACUGUACAAAGGGAUUUUGUCCAGCUCUCCCAGUCACUGCAGGUGAAGCUGGAGUUAAUUCGGCAGGCUGAGAGUCUGGAACAAGUCAGGGAAAUCCUGGAAGAGGGGGUCAGUGAAGCUGGUUCCUCACCUGCAGAUGCCUCGUGAGUCUUAGAAACCAAAGAGCAUGGACCAAGAUGAAAUAUGCCUAGAGUGACCAAUAAGGGCCAGCUAACCAUGGCCACAUUAAAUACAGACGCUGUGGGAAAGUGACCACUGAAAUCAUCACAGCUGGUGCUGCAAGCACAGUAUUGCAACACUGAAGGUAUUUCUAAACGGAGACAUGAUGGUUCUGUUUGUUCCACAGAUGGUUUGGUGUCAGUGACUCAAACUGUUGCUUAGUGACCAAAGUGAUCUUUGAUGAACCAUUAAUUCUUUGCAGACACUGUUUAACUGUUUAACUGUCUCACAGUCUCCAUUUUUCUUACAUCUAAUAACGAUUAUUUCUGUACUAAAAAAUAUGUAAAUAUAAUCUGUUUAUAAAACUGACAUGACUCCAGCAAAACACUCAACAGUUCAACACUUGAUUUUGCACUAUAUCAGUAACUAAUAUACAAACUACACAAUCAAUUUCCCAUGCAAACACUGCUUUGUGAAAAGAUAUGAAGACCUCUACAAGCAAUGGAUUCAUAAAUACGAAAUAUACUCUCUUAAAUUAACUGCAUUUCAGAUGGGAUUUUUAUUAUCUGUAUUAGUUUGUUGUCUUUUUCUUUAAGCUUAUUAUUACUAAGUAUUCCUGUUGUUAAAACAAAAAUCAAUGAAGAAAUGUGAAUGUGUAACAUUUUGCCAUUUUUUUGUGUUAAUACAUACUGAAAACUAAAGA